UCGUGUCACAGUUCAGUCAGUCACAUGCUGUGGAUGGGACGCAUCCCUUAUUUUAUAUCUAUUUUUUCUAGUUCUACUUUUUAUUCUUUGUAGGUCCUACCAGGUGUUGAUGAUGUGGGGAGCCACUCUGAUUAUUUUCUCCUUUGUCGUGGUCCAGGUGACAUCACAUGAAAUUAAAGUGGAGUGCCAUAAAUUUUCUGGUCUCCCUAAUGAGUACAGUGAUCCCAUUCCGUCUAUGCUGGCGGACCUGAGAGUGGAGCUGGUGACCGUGGGAGGAAAGGAUAAGAUGAACAUUAGCUGGGCAAUCAACAUUGAUAGUAGUAAUACAUUUCUGACAGGCACUCGGAUUUCUAUUCAGGGGGAAUCAACGUAUCACUGUAGAUACAACCCCGUUUUGGCUGAGGCAAACCACAAUGGAUCAGAGCAGAUAUGGUUUCAUCAUUUAGUGAAAGCGACCUCUGGCUUCAACAGAAUCUUAGCUGCCAACCUCCCAUUCGCUUUGAACAACCAUAACAUAUACAAGACUGUCAGACUUCAGAUACCUCAACAAACAACGCGUGUUACACCAAAGCCUACUACAGUUCCUAUAGGGAAGCAGACGACCACGUCUUCAGAAGCAGUCCCUUAUAAAUUCAACUACACCAGCAUAGCCAUGGCCAUUUUCGGAGGAAUGGCCGGUUUGAUGAUCCUGAGUUCCUGCUACAUAAUCUAUAAAAGCUAUGGAGCCAACAUUGCCACCUCAUUGGGUUUCAAAAGGUUGCCCACGUCUUCCACGGCUCCCGUCUCCGUCCUCAUGGUGUACCCUGCUGAGGAUUCAGCCUUCCAGCGGGCCGUGGUGGCCCUGGCCGAGUUCCUGCAGUGGCACGGUGGAUGCAACGUGGCAGUCGACAUGUGGCAGCAGAGGAAGAUCGCGGAGCUUGGGCCAAUGCGCUGGCUGGCAGAGAAGGCCAAGACUGCCCACAGGGUCCUCAUCGUCUGCCCACAGCCCUCUACGCAGCCCAGCAGCCACUCUCCUCUCAAACACACCUCCCCAGAACCGUCCAUCCCAGCUGCAGCUCAUGACCUUUACCCCCUGAUUCUCAACAUGGUGGCGAGCCACGCAAAGAGCGCCAGCGACUUGGCCAAGUUCUGGGUGGUGCAACUGGGCGAGCAGCAGGACAAGAAGGCCAGUAACCUGGCGCCGGAACUGAGGGCCUGCAAGACGUUUUGUUUGAUGAAAGACUUGAACAAGUUGUGCAGGAGUCUUUAUACCACUAGUCAGGAUGACAAGAAGGUAUCCGAUCUGAUCUUCAGACCAGUGUUGGCCUUCAGCGACAAGUGUACAGUGAAGUUAAGGGAAGCGGUAGAAAAGCAGGGAGGACAUCAGCCUAGUAUUUUCAGAGAGACUGAACCAUUGAAAUCUGUGGUCGUCACUGUUUGAACCUUUGUGAUGAAAUUGUUUCGAUUGAUGGACAAAGACGAUGGGUCAGAAUAGUGGAUUAGUGAAUAGCCGAGUCUUUCAUUACGCUUUCUAAAAUGCAUUUAGUUAUUUUCUUUUAUAGAUUUUGGAUACCAAAACACUGGCGUGGACACCGCAGGGUGGAUACGUGUCUCUGGGGUUUGCAGCUACUGUAGCCUAUUAAUCUAUUUUGUAAUAACAUCAAAGUUUCCCAUUUAUUGUUUUCAACCUCAAACAUGCUCCGUAAGUGUUUCGUCUGCCAUCAUCAUCAUCAUCAUGUAGAUAUUGUAAACUGAUGAACACAAAAGAAUAGCACAAAGAAAGAAACAUAGACAACUUCUCUUGUCUCUUUUUGUGUAAUAUAUUUAAGAAAUAUAUUUGUUUAUUAUACCCCGCAUGUCCGUCCGUCCGUCCUUCCGUCCGUUCACGUGUCACACUUUCGUUUCCGCAGUAGAACUUGUAAACUACUUAACUUAGGAACUUCAAAUUUGGUAUAAUGUUUGACAGUGUGGUCUAGUUGUGCCUUUUGGGGGUUAGAAGUCCAGGGUGCCUAAAAUGUCUGAAAUUUUUCCUAAAGGGCAAAACCUUUGGCCCUACUUUAGCAAGGGUCAAGCAGUGAGCUGGGGUGUGUGAGCCAUACUCACUUUUGCCUUGUUAUAUCUAUUUCAUCUGCAUCUCCUUUAAAUAUCAAUUAAAGAGAAAGAGGCGGUUGCUAGGGUAGACUCCUGUAUCCUGUGAUCGUGGAGUUCAUUCACAUGUGUCCAGGAAUGGAUGAAAGAACUAUCAUACUUGGGAUAGGCCAAGGAGCCCGGUAGACCAGGGGCUUCGUCAAAAGUGUCCCAAUUAGUUUAGUUUUUUUUCGCUCGUCACCAUGAUCAGAGUUCAACUCUAUACACACAGGAGUUUUACUGCUACAACUUUACUUGGUCUGGCAAAAGUAGCUUAUGGUGGCUGUAUUAUUGUAUAUUGUACAUAGCAUUCUGCUCUAUUUUUACUGUGUAUUAGAUACAAAAAGAAAGGACACUGUGUACAUGUUCUUGUAUUUAUUUCUCAUACUUUGUGUUUCCUUGUAAACGGCACUCAGAGCGGAAGGCAAUGGGAGAAUUUCAUUAUACAGGGAAACUUGUUUUAACUGCACACAUAACAAUAAACACUUUGACUUGACUUAAUGUCCAUACAUGCAGCAUUACAGAUGUUAUUCAAAUGGCAAUACAUUUUGCCAUUGAGUGUGCAAAGUGGCAAUGUAAAUCCUCAAUUCAGUUUGAAUUAUGUUGGUUUCAAAAUUAAAAUGAAAGCUCAAUCAUUUGCAUUUCA